AUGGACUUUCCCGGAGGAUCCAUCACAAACAUACGCGUCAUUGAUGGAUUCUCCAACAUUUACUGGAGGAUCUACACAGAGGAGCAAAAUGCGACUAAUACUCUAGCCGACGCACCCAAUAAUGGCCAUACCAUCUUGAAACAUAUCAGCCGCCUCAAGGAGCUUGAACUUCGACUGCGAAGUUUAGGCUGCUUAGUAUUGAGUUAUCCUAGGCGCCUGGGUCUGUUAAUAUUCUCUGCAACAUCGGAAUUUGAGCAUCUUUUGCCUUUGCUUGCGAACGAAGGGAGAGAUGAACCGAACAGGCUACUUAUUGGAUCCACGAUUCUUAAAGUCUGGACAUCUGGAAGCGUUACGGCGGGCGACCUGGUAAAGAGUCUCUGUCCAGAAUCGCAGACGCCCGGUGUUAAUUCUUCGACUGGUUCACAACGGCUGCAAAAUGGCUCUAUGCCACCUAGACGAGUCGACACUUCCGGCGGCUCAGCCGCUAUCUACGCGUCUUUUAUUUCAGCUGUUACGGCAGCGUUUAGUCUUCAACUGAUCCGGCAAAAUAAUGCGAUCCCACUCGGCCCGCGCACCCUUUAUAAUGCCGUUGAAUGUGAUCUCUACGAGGGCCUCGACAUCGUCAACAAUGACCCAACUUCCGUCUCAGUCCUGACCACUCUUCAGGCUCAACUGACAUCCGUUGGAAAGCUAACCAUAACGUUGCAAACUAUAGCACAGACCGGCCUUACACGACUUAGUCAACCACGCGAUCCUCUCGAACUCUCCGACGUCUCGCCAGGGACUGAUCUGUGGCUCGCCCCGAAUGGUUCAAUUGCAAGACUCGUAACAUUGAGCCCCGUCGCGGGAAAUACUCCCAACUCUCUUGCCAACUCGGAAGGUAUCGGCCAUGACAGGGCAAGCACAAAGCGGUGGAAAUCGAACGCCUUGGAAUGGCUAAGCUAUUUUGGACUCCCAGUCGAUUGCGUUGAGGAAGAAAACUGGGUUGAGGUUGAGGUUUGGGAACCCUUCUACGCUAAACUGUCCGGCGAGGCGGCGCGGCCAAAUGAAGAAAACCCUCGCAUCCCCCUCAAGCGUCUUCUUUGGCCGGCAAUAUAUUGCUUCAGAAGAACAAAAUCAUCGAUCUCGGAGCCUUGCGAUAUGAUGGAAGGGAUUUCGCCCUUUGCUUGUGAUCCUCUGGAGUUCGCAGAGAAAUGGUGUUUUACUGAGAUCCCCAAAGCUAUCCUUGAGCCUAGUGUCAAACUGGUUCCCGACCACCAAGACCGACAGACUAAUGAUCAGGGAACACUAUCGCCUGGCUUACCUGGUUUUCCGGAUGGUAUCGAGAGCCUAUCCCGAGCCUCAUUGUACCCUGAGCUACAGACUGCAAGUCUUGUAUACCCGACGCCACCUGAUGGUGCCGCUGGAACUGGUCCCAGCCACCCGGUUUCGUCUGAUGUUUUUGUUGAAGACUUGGAUCAUGGCUCAUCUUUUGCUCUGAAGCAAACUAAACCAAGGCUUGAUAGCCAGCCCAUCACGAGAAAUCGUUCGGACCCAGAUGUGACGAUGGGUUUUGGCCCCUCCGCCGGGCUCGUGGUCGGGUCUGGUUUGUACGACACCAACGGUGAUGACGACCUAUUCGGGGAUAUGAAUGAAAGGGAUUUUGGGACCAAAGGAAUCACCGAUGAGGAUUUUAGCUUUUUUGACGAACCCGGCUUUGAGAACAUGGGCAAUAACCCCCCAGACGACGAUAUCGACGGAAUUUCUGAUUUUGUCGACCCAAUCAAGCCAGAGGAUAUAGCGCAUCCCGAGCCCGAUGCACCUCAAUCUCAUGAGCCCCCAGUGGAAGAAACGUAUGUGCGUCAGCCGAGCCCUGACGAACAAAAACCCCUACUACCGUGUGAGCAGCCGGUUCCACAUGACACUGCAGCCCUUCCAUCACCCCAUGAUGAACAGGUUCAAACGAUCAGCCCCCCUCUAAGCCCUGUAGAGGUUAAGAAAUUUCUCUUCCCAGAGCCGGAUGCUCACGACGAAACUUCCAUCAAAACAGGCCAACCCCCUAGUUUUUACAGCCCGAUCAAGUUCAAACAAAACCUAUCCUCAUGGGACCAAAAAUAUGGUGCAGAGGGGAAAUUUUGGUUCAUGAGUUCGGGCGCAUCUAGAAUAAAAGACUCUCCCAGUCUCUCCGGUGAUAUCCCUACGGUUGGUCUUCCCCGCGGUAGGGGAAGGCUCAACCAUGCCGGUAUUUACUUGAAAGCCCGCGAUGCCCAAGGAAGUCCGUCAAGCGAAAUGGUUCAGGAGUCCCCGUCGAGCCUCGGUUCUAGCAGCGAAACGGGCGACGACAGCGAUGAUAGUGGAGCCGAAAAUAUCAUGUCACCUGCUGUCUUGUCAGCACGGAAACGAAAACGGGCUCGUUCGAAUUCGGGAACUUCACUCGCACUGUCUUCAGAGAAACCCCCAACGACUAUUGACCAGGAUAUGAGCACCCCAAGAACUGAUGAUUCGGUAUUUCUGGGGAAUUUUCUGUCGACCUUUGCGGAUUGGUCAAUGACUGGCUUCUUCUCGUCAACUGAAAACCAGGUCUUCCCGGUCCUAACCUCAAGGGAAACGCAGGUUCAAGUUGCCCAACUUUUUGUCGACCAAGUUACCCAGUCGUCCCUGGACCACAAACUUGACGGAAAUUUCGGAGUCUCGUGCCUUCAAAAUCAGCCUUUCUUUCUUCGUGGAUUGCUUGAAGGUACUGAGUUUUUGGGGGGGGUUGAAAAGUUGGAUUUGAAUGGUUUUGUUACUUUGCAAGAGACUAACAGCCUAUCGCCUCCCGCCUCCAAUGGCCCUGUUGUUGCCCGCCAAACCCCUCAGCGGAGGGACGCUGGCAAAGGGCUAAUAGUGAAAUUAUCACCACCACACCUCCGUGUUCGCCGGGGCAAGGAUUUCUUGGAGACGCUGCCGCCCGCGGUAUCUUUCUGGGAGACUUUCGGCUUGGAGCCUGCCCAUGGACCGAAAAAUAUCUCAGCUUACUGUAUACACCCCAACAUAGCUGGCAAGGCAGCCGACGCAUUCUUAGAGCGACUGGGCGUUAUAUACUCUAGCUGCAACCUUGGGAAUCACGCGCGAGGGGACAAGUCAGAUGCGUUUGAGCAAGGCCUCAGAGCAUGGGAUGUCACUUCAUCCGGACAGUCCGGUUAUCACUCGGUGAUGCAGCACCUGAAGGCCAUCUGUGAGGAACUUGGAACUGCUCUUCUCAACGGCCCACCAAGUAAGGACAAUAUCGUCGUCUAUAUCAUAAAUCCGUUUCUGCAUGCUGCAUCCCUGGUGGACAUAUGCUUUGCAUUCUGGAGUCUCUUUCGGAGGUAUAUCGCCGACGCAGAUAAGCAGCAAACUAAACAAUUCGAUGAGCUUGUUCUACAGGUCAUACCAAUGAGUUUUGUUGCAUCCCCAGAGUCUUUGGUGGUGCCCCCCCAGCCAGAAUAUCUAAGUCUGGCGCUGGAGGUCUACAGUCGAUGCCCCCCAAAGCCUGUUCAAUCGAGCCUGCUAAGCUGUGCACCGCCUGUACUUAUAGCUGAACCACUCCCGGGCUCCAUAGGGUUCAGACUUGUCUCGGAGAGGUCUUCUCCUUUGCAAGAAGGGAAGUGUCUUCACAUUGCAUGCUCUCGGAGCCAAGACCAGCGCUGGGUGAGCGUGGCUUGGUCGGACAAUACUGGCGCUCUCCAACGCUCCAUGUCCUACUGUGUGCGUUUUAGGAACUCUAUCGCCCCUCGAACUAUAUUCACGGUCCGCAAUGAAAUAUGGGCGGCAACGAUAGAUAUUAUGGAGAAAAACCAGGCAAGGUGGAGGGUCAUUAUCGUGAGCACCGAGAACGUGGACCAGGACGAACACGAUACGUGGCUCAACUUUGCCGACCAAUACAACAAGAUAAAAUCAGUUCCCAUAGAGUUGACAGUUUUGAGUGUGAAUACAACUCCCGACCUUUUCCUCAGUUCUCCUCUCCCACAAAUACCGAUGAGUAUUUUCAACCAGCACCCUUCCGCAACACCUGUUACCACACCAAAUCCCGGUAUUUUUUCGCCGGAUCAGCUGGGGAAUGCUCCCACCCCUCCUGGUGCCGGAAACUUCCCUGCAAAUGCUUCAACCCCGACAGACGCGCUUCUCGAAGCGGAGGGCGAAUCGAUGCUCACCGACAUUUGUGACGAAUCCUGGGGGAUUGUUCUAUCGCACCGCCUGAAUAGUACCCUCCAUUUGACCGAGUACCGCCCUGCGUUAGUCAGCGGGUAUCUGCUUCGCAGGAAAGGCACUUCAGAUAGCGAUGGGGCCUUCGCGAUGAACGUGAAUCUUUUAUACACGCAGCGGCCCUCAUCUGCAAACGAGACUCUUCUCCGAGAAAUUCUCGGAAUGUAUCGCGACCUGGCGACCCUUGCACGGGCACGGGGAACGCGAAUCGUGCAAUCUAGCACCUUGCCUUGGCACAUUGCCACUGCGGUGCGAGCUCAAGAAAUUCUGAGCUAUGUUCUUUGA